AUUUGUCUGUUUUGUUCGCAAUGACUAUAAUAAUGUUUAUCGUUGAUACUAGUUUUUCUAUGAAUCAAAAAACAUUCGCAGGAACAACCUACUUGGAUAUCGCAAAAACCACAAUAGAAUUAUUUUUGAAACUUAGAGCUAAAGACAUAUCAAGUAGAGGCGAUCGUUACAUGUUACUUACGACAGAAGAAUAUCCAUAUAAUAUUAAGGCAGGGUGGAGAGAAAAUCAUUCUACUUUUAAUCAAGAGCUAAAAAAUUUAAAAGCAUAUACACUUCCAAACAUUAGUUUAGCACUAAAACAGGCCUUUGAUCUUUUAAAUAUUAACCGAUUGAUGUCAGGAAUAGAUACAUAUGGACAAGGAAGAUGUUUAUUUUACUUAGAAUAUUCAAUCAUUAUUUUUAUUAGUGAUGGAGCAUUUAUUAAAACAAACACAUCACUUUUAGAAAAAUUGAACACACUGAAUAAUAAAUCAACCAUAUUGGGAAAUGAGCUUAUAUCUCAUCCUUUUAGAUGGGAUCAAAAGUUCUAUUCUAUUAUUUUAUCCAUUCCAGGAAUUAUAUCUAUCAAUAAUCUUAAUAAUGAAGAGCUUAAUGAAAAAUACAAAAGUUUAAACAAAUUAUGUGAAAUGACAGGAGCUAAUAAUUAUUUAUUACACCAUCCUACAUGUCUCAACCCUUAUUUGGAAUGGCUUUUGCAAAAAUUACAGCCACCAAAAGUCACUUCAACCUUUAACAUAAUAUCUAAUGAUAAUCAUGUCAAUGAAAAAAUUGGAAAUAAUUUAUUUUUUAUGGUUCCACCUCCUGCCCCACCUUUUUCUAUACUUAUGACAAAUAAUGAUUCUCAGUUUCCUUUGGAAGAUGUUGAUAUGAGGAUAAAGGAUACAAUAUUUGUAAAUGUGUCCAAUGAUAAAAAUUUGAAUGUUCAAACUGAAAACCAUCAAAAUCAAGAAAAUAGAGCUAACCUCAUUACCAAUUUAUAUGUUAAUCCAAAGUCUAUAAAUUCUAACAAUAUUUGGCCUAUUCCUGAAUCUUUUUACCCAAACUAUAUCAUAGAUCACAAUUGUUUGCCGGUCAGGAGUUCUAUCCCUAAUCUGAGAGUUAAUACCAGUAUACCAUUUAGCGAAGAUAGCCAAAUCACGAAAAAAUGUCAAAAUUUUCCCACUGAUUAUUACGAAAUAGAGAUGGGUCCUUUGACUCAAUACAUUGCUAGCUACUUCAAUGAAAACGGUUUCAAGGAUCCUCCAGACAACACUUUUAAUUGCUUCAGAGUAGAAUUGCUUAUCAAAAACAACAAAAGUGACGAGCAAGAUAUUAUUCCUUUUGGUUACAUUAAAUUCUGUCCCAUUCAGCCCCCUUCUAACGGGGUAAACAGGACCAGCUACGUGUGUUAUCUCUGUAUUUCGACCUUCAAUUAUCCCGUCUUGAUCGAUUUGAUUGAUGAAAUGGUUAACGUCAAUAAAUUUAAACCUAACCCGAAUUGGAGAAAUAAAUUUGACACUUACAUUAGCCAGAUUCCAGCCUACUAUAUUUCACCUUUGAAAAAGGCCUUUCAAAAGAUGGGUUUACAGCAAUUCACCGUCAUUUUAGAAAACAUGAACGAAAGCAGUGGACUCAGUUACGAUGUUAUAACUUAUUUGAAGAAAAUAAAAAAUCAGGCCAAAAUAGAGUACGAUCAGAUAAUCGCUAGCAUAUCAAACAAACGGCCCUUUCCUUUCAAAGCAGAUCCAUUAUGCCCCAUUCAGUUUACCCUCAAAUUACCCGUCAAACCAAUCAUGACAUCCACCGACGAAGAAAAUAGUUUUCUCAAAAAAUUUUUGUCCCGGCCCAUAUUCGAUGCACAAACACAGCCUGUAAACGACAAGAAUAAAGAAGACAACUUAGAAGCUGUGAACAAUAUUUUCGUGUUGAAUUUAACCGAUAGGAAUAGAAAUAAAGACCCCAUCAUUCGCAAGUGCAAUUUGCUCUCUACCCUCAAAACCUUAAGGAACUCUUUGUUGAACGAUCCUUGGUGUAAAUUAAAUCUGCCUAACGUUCAUCGGUCUUUGCAGCACAGUUAUCCCUUAACGAAAUACAAUUUUGAAAAAAAUCAAUUACCCAUAAAUCAGAUGGGUAACUACCAAGACUACUUAAAGAAGAACGAAAUACCCUUGAGACAACUGGAUAAUACUAAUACCGUGGUUAGGCAACAUUUGUUCGGUAAUCCUUUCAAAGUUGACAAGCGAAGUAUGAUGGUGGAUGAAACAGAUAAUGAAAUGUGGACUACCACAACAACGUCAAACACUAUGGUUAACACUUCUUUGCUUCCGAGUCCUUUAAAUUCACCCCUUCAACCCUUACAUCUAAAUAAAACCUUAAAAACGUCUAAGCGGUUUAGGACUUGGUCUGGCCCCAUACCUAGUGAUUAUAAAUAUGUUCCUUCUCAUUUGAGAGGUAAUAAUUGUUCGAAUAUGAAUCUUGAUUUUGAUCUGAAACCCGCUGAUUCUGAAUCAGAUGAUAACGUCAUUACAGAUAUCGAUAGUGAGAUGACGGAUGAUAAGAAUGCAAAUACUUUAUCCAUCACAUCCUCUCCUCCUCACGGAGUUCAGGAGCCAACCUAUCAAGAGGCGCAGCUGGAAAUUAAUAUCGAUAUGAACGAAGACCAAUUGGAGCCCUUCGAUAACCAGCUCAGAAUCGAUAUUCAACACGAAUCUUCAAACUCCACAUGGAGUGAGGAUAAAAAGCUGUUCGUUAAAAUAUUGCUUCAUUCUACUAGAGAUGUCAUACCACACGAAUACUUAAUCAAAAAGAUUCAUAGACACAUGAAGACCGAUAAUUUCUACCAACAUGUCAAUUCAGAUAUUUUCGAAAAUAUAGUCGAUCGUGAAAACCUCGAAUUUUAUCUUAACGGAAUGGAAAUGAGGGACAUAUUCGAUAAAGCUAGUCUCAAACGGUUCCGAAAAUUGAAAUACUUGUGUCGUAAACUCAUCAGGAAUGAUGUACAUGAUGCUGAAAUUUUCGCUAAUCACAAUUCGCUAAAAUAUUACCCGUUACUUCACGCAUAUCUUCUAAGGGAUAUUAUACUGAACGCUAAGCGUUACAAUAGGCACCGAUUGGCAUCAAAAGCUUUAAAAAUUUUGAAAGACAAAUUACCCAAAAUUAUUUCACCUCUUUUCAAAUUAUGAUAACAUAGAUCACGUUACAUAUUUAUGAGAGGUGUUUGAAAAUGAAAAGAGAUUUAAAGAAUAUAAUCAAUAGUGACUGACAUAAUGCUCUAAAUAUGUUUUUGAAAAUCAUAUUUUUUUAUAUUUCACAGUCAAUGUUUUUUUUAAAUUAUAGCUAAGCUUCUGUGAUAAU